AUGAAGUACAAGUCUCCACAGGUAGAGGAGUACCCGGAUACACCCGAUGCUCCCAAGCGAAAGCUCGACCAGAGAGAUUCCGAGACAGCAACCGGUGAAGGAAGCCUCGAGGCAGAAAACGAACAACCGCCUAGCAAAGCGUCCAAGUCUAGCGGAAAGGCUGCUGCUGAGGAAGAUGAUGUGAUCCAGGAGAAUGAUGAGGAGUUCGAGGACGAGGAGCUCGAGGAUGAUAUUGAGGAAGAAGAGGGUGAUGAAGGAUUGCCCGAGGACGAGGACGCAGAAGGAGAAGAGGAUUACGAAGGAGAAGAAAAAGAAGAAGAUGCAUCAAGCAAGCCGAAACUGGAAAAGGUGGUUGAUGAGUUUGGCCGAACUCCUCUCCACGGUACAGCAAUCGCCGAGGGACAUCUGGAAAGUUCUCCAGAGACACUCCUUGCCAUGGCCAUUGAUGCGAUGUUGAAGUCGCGGCCCAUUUCGCAUGAUCUGUCUGAGCGUGCGGUCAAGAAGGUCAUCGAGGUUGGGUACCAUGAUAUACAGAAACUGGGGGAGAGUAGUUGGGAGGAGAGAACGAUGGUUCUCAAGGAUGGGGGAUAUAAUCGGUAUAGGGAGCAGGGGGCGACGAAUCUUGGUGAUUUGGCGGAGUUGAUCACUGAAAAAUACGACGGUGAUCUAAACAAUCUGUUGAAGAAAGCCCAUAAUGACCGAGAUGAGACGAGACAAUUGAUCAAGGAGAUCAAAGGACUGGGCGAUCUGGGAGCCGAUCUCUUUUUCAACAAUGUUCAGAGUGUUUGGCCGUCAAUGGCACCGUUUAUGGAUGGACGCAGCUUGCAAACGGCUGAUAAGGCCGGGAUUAGCACGGACCUGGAUGCUAUCUACGCCGACCUGGGACAUGACUCGACCAGGAUGAGCCGACUAGCCAAUGGAUUUCGGAUCGUUAACAUCGCCGUUGGCGUGCUCAUGGUGCUGGGAGGUAUUGCGCAAUUCUUCCCUGCGUCUAUGAGCACCAUCAUUGUCGGUGUCUAUGUGAUUAUCUUUGGUACCAUCGUCGGUGGAUUGGAAUUUCUGCCCAACGUCCCGGAUUACGUUUACCGCUAUGCGUCAUUCCUUUUCUCCUUCCUGGGACGCGGUGCUUUCUACAUUUUCGUCGGAUCGAUCAUGCUGCACGACCACUGGUUCCGAUACAUUGCGGGCUCCAUCAUCGGCUUCAUUGGCCUGGGUUACCUGGCCCUGGAGUUCAUUCCUUCCAUCGAGCCCCCGUCCAACAUGCGUGAGGCCGACCAGAGUUGGGGCGCCGAGCAGGUCUAA